CCCCCGGCGGCCCGCGGGACAGAUCGCAGAGAGCCGCCGCCCGGCAAGGAGUGUAUGGAGGUGGCGGAGCCCGCGCGGCGCGGGAAGUGAGCGGCAGAGCGUCCAGACUUCUGCGGACUCGCGAUGGAGGAGGAGGGUGUGAAGGAAGGGAGCGAGAAGCCUCGGGGAGCGAGGAUGGCAGACAAGGCUGGCUGGAUUAAGAAGAGCAGUGGAGGCCUCCUGGGACUUUGGAAAGACCGAUACCUGCUCCUCUGCCAGGCCCAGCUGCUGGUCUACGAGAAUGAGGAUGAGCAGAAGUGUGUGGAGACAGUGGAGCUGGGCAGCUAUGAGAAGUGCCAGGACCUUCGUGCCCUCCUCAAGCGGAAACAUCGCUUUAUCCUGCAGCGAUCCCCGGGAAACAAGGUCAGCGACAUCAAAUUUCAAGCAACCAGUGGGGAGGAGAAAGAAUCCUGGAUCAAAGCCCUCAAUGAAGGGAUCAACCGAGGCAAGAACAAGGCUUUUGAUGAGGUAAAAGUGGAUAAGAGCUGUGCCCUGGAGCAUGUGACACGGGACCGGGUGCGUGGGGGCCAGCGGCGCCGGCCACCUACGAGAGUCCACCUGAAGGAGGUAGCCAACGCAGCUUCUGAUGGGCUUUCGCGCCUGGACCUCGACGUUCCAGAUAGUGGACCACCAGUGUUUGCCCCCAGCAAUGAUGUCAGUGCAGCCCAGCCCCGAGAGAUAAUCAGGCCCCCCAUGCCUCCUACCAAGCCUUCCCCAUUGCUGGAGAACACCAGCCUUGGUGACAGAGUGGAGACUCCUGCGGGGGAGAGAGCCCCAUCCCCUGUCUCAGAGAGCUCUGAGUCCCACCCUGGGAGCCAAGAGGACUCAGAGACUCCAAUGCAGGAGGACAGUGGCUCUGAGCAGCCCCCCAGCAUGGUCCUGCCUGACACACUGAAGGUGAGCUGGGAGAACCCCAGCCCCAAGGAGAACCCUGACUUUGAGAGUGCAGAACUCCAGGUGCCCGACUCUGAGACUUCUGAGGCUGUACCCAAGGAGGGUGGGAAGCCCCCUAUACCCCCACCCAAGAUCUUAUCAGAGAAACUGAGAGCCUCCAUGAGUGGGAUGGGGGCUUCUGGGCCAGCCCAGAAUCCUGAGGCCUCUGAGACCUCAGCCCCAGAUCCAGCACAGAUCUCAAUGAAUGGCGUGGAUGACAGUCUGGAACCCGUCAAUCCACCCCAGGCCUCAGGCACCCCAGAAACCACCCCAAAGGAUGCAACAACAUCCACAGCACUGCCCUGCUGCGACCUGCCAUCUCAUUUCCAUCCCCGCUGUUCCUCCCUGGGGAACCUGCUUGGGGAAGGCCCCCGGCGUCCAUGGCAGCCUGGAGAACGGCUGUAUCGGGCCCAGCUGGAAGUGAAGGUGGCCUCAGAACAGACGGAGAAACUGUUGAACCAAGUGCUGGGCAAAGAGCCGGCCCCUGUGAGUGCCGAGACAUUGCUCAGCCAGGCUGUGGAGCAGCUGAGGCAGGCCACCCAAACCCUGCAGGAAAUCAGAGAUCUGGGAGAGCUGAACCAGGAAGCACCAGGGCUACAAGAGAAGCGGAAGGAACUGGUAACCCUCUACCGAAGAAGUGCACCCUAAGGCCUGCCAGGCCAGGGCGUGGUCCCUCCUAGCCGGUCCAGUCUAUCAAAGCCCAGCCCUGCCAAGAAACAUGCUUCUGCUCAGGCCAUAGAAAGGCUAUCAGGCAUGUUGGGGGUAUAGCCAGGAACUACAGAGAUUCCUGGUAUCCUUCCCGCUCUGCCCAGGUGCCACCCAGGGCCACUAUCUGACUAUCUGGCCCAGUCUCUGGGCUCUGGGCUUGGGCAGGGAGCACACACUUGGUUGCUUGCAUGGUUGUUUUGAACUGCCCCAGGGCUUUAGCAUGGCACUUGGGGUUUCUGGGGGUGACAUCAUCUCUGCUUCUCGCCCCCAGUAGUUUACAUUCCUGACUUCUGAAUAGAGCACAGCUGAGCCCCCCUCCCCCAAUCCAGAUGUUGCUGGGCAGAGAGUGUCAUGGCAGAGGCAGCUUUGAGCUGUAACCAGCCCUCCCCACCCACCUACUCUCAAUAGCUGACAAGGCCUUGGGUCCAAGCUAUAGGUUCUUCUGUCAGCUGAGUGAGACCUGGAAUCCAGCCAGGGCCUGUGAAGGCAGGUGGAAGGCAUCUGUGUGAGAAAGACAUUUGAUGUGUGGCUCCUCUCUGGGCCUGUUUCCUAUUCCACAGGCCUUCCCCUCUGGUGAACUGUGAUUGGAGGACCCCAAGGUGGAGGAGGAACUCAAAGGGUCUCCUAGUCUAGUCUCUACCCCUGGACCAGCUUGUGUCCAGCCUUGCACAUUUCCUAGAGAGGUGAACCUGAGAAUGGCUCUGAGGUCAGCAUCAGAAAAUCCUGUACCUACUUCAUUAUAAAUGAACCUCCAGAAGAGAAGCCACCUCAACUUCUGUGCCUCCCCAACUGGGAUUUAUAUCUGGGUCUCUGUGCUUCCUCCUCAACCCACACAGGCCCAAUAUCCCAAUCAUUGCUUUGGAUGCUGAUGGGGGGUAUGUUGGAGCCUGAAAUCACUUCCCUUUCCCCUCUGGCUCAGGACGUAGAUGGACUGCUCUUCCUGAACUUCCUAGUGGAAAGGGCAUUUUCUUCUGUCUCUUUCCUGGUCCAUGCCUGCAGCCUAGGCCUCUUCCUGUCAUCCGCCCCCCCCCCUCCCCGCUUAUCCCUACAGUUGUCCCUGGCUCUGGAAACACACCCAAUCUCCAUCUAGGUGCAGAGGCCCUGAGGGCCACGGUCACUCUCCCUGGGGCCUGUGGGAAUGGGAGCAGCUUCUGAAAGGCCUACUCAGGGGGUUUCUGCAUGUGCACUUUUAUUUACUGAAAGAGGACAGGGAAAGUCACAGCUGCAGCCCUGGCCUUUCUGCCCCCUUCUCCAUCACCAGUCGUGCCCACUGAGACCUGCCAGUGUAGGUCAAUGCCUUCUUUACUGUACUUCUACUUUGUUCCUGAGGUUAGUGGCCAGGGAUCAAGAGGGGCAGAUAUCCACUCUGCAGCCUAUACUGGGCAGGGGUGGAGGUGAACAGCAAUGUCCUAACCCAUGAACCCUCACCAGCCUCCUCAACUACACUCCUUGGACAGAAUAGGCUCCCAUGCCAUGGUCUGCCUGUCCCUCCAUCUGCCUUCAGUAUGAGAGCAAGAUGUCUUCAGGUGCCUACAGUCACGUGGCUCCCUGCAGUCUUCUCUUGGGGAACAGCUUUCCCCCACCAGCAGCCUGGGCCAGCUAGGGCUUUAGCCAUCACCUCUUUCCAGGGACUAGAGCCUCAGUUUCCUGCUCGGAUAAGUGACCAGAUUGAGCAAGUAGCUCUGGGGCCACCUCAGUGACCUAAUGCCAUUGGUUCUUAUGGGGUCCCCAUGCCUUGGUGGCCUGGGCCCCAUUGGGAAAGCUAUCUUCAAGGGGAGGGGUAGAAGGAUUGGGAAUAUGCAGGGGCUGCCUGGCCUGCCUCCUUGAGGAGGAUGGCAUUCCAUGUCUUCUGUUUAUGAAGCGCCUUUCUUGAAGUGUGGCAAUAAAUCCCUUUCUAUGGAACUUCAGUGCUGCAAGCCUGUUUGUUGGUGUGGGGACCAGCUCUGGGGCUGGCCUCAAGGAAGCAGAGGGUAGGCAGUGGUUGGUCAAUGGCAUCAUCAGUCUUAAAUUUCCUUCUAGUGCUUCCUUCCCACAGGCUGGGCUGCAUCUUUGCUAACUUCAGCCAGGCCCUCCAAUUACACCCCCUCCCUACCCCCGUCUACAUGUUUCUGUAGGCUGGGAGCUAAGUGUCCUAAGGCUCAAUGCUUUUCAAUUUUUAGAAACUUAAUCUGGAAAUGAUUUCAAAUAGAAAAGUUGCAAGAAUAAGACUAGUACAAAGAACACCCACAUAUUCUUCAUCAGAUUGACCCACUGGUUUAUCUUUUGACUGCCUUCUGUCUUUAACAUAUAUAAUUUUUUUCUGAAUCAUUGGGGAGUUAGUUUUCAUGGUCUCUUAUCCCUAAAUACUUUAGUGAAUAUUUCUUAAGUAUAUUCUCUCAUGUAACCAUAAUAUAGUUAUCAACUUCAGUAAGUUUAACACUGGUAUACUUACUACCGCUCUUAUUCCAGUUUUGUCAUUUGGCCCAAUAAUCUCAUAUUUUUCCUCCCGUGAAGGCUCAAAUAUUGUAUACUUGUCUCUCAAGUCUACUUUAAUCUGAAAUGUUUCCACAGCCUUUAUCUUUCAUGAUGUGGACAUGUUUGAAGAAUACAGUUCUUCCCUGCCUUUUUUAAUAGAACAUUCCUCACUUGGGAUUUGUCACUGAGGUUUCCUCAUACUUAGAUUGAGAUUAUGGAUUCUCAGCCAGAAAACUGUAUAGGGGAUACUAGGUCCUCCUCAGGGCAUCACAUCUGGAGACAUAUGACCUUCAUUCAUCCCUCAUUGAUGAAGUCAAUUUUGAUCUGGUCAAGGUGUCUGACUAUUGUAUAGUUAUGAUUUUUUUUCUUUUGUAACUAAUAAACAAUCUGGGAGAUAUUUUAA